AUGGGCGUAAACAAGAGGAUCAACAAAGAGAUCCAGAAUAUGAUGAGAGACAACGAUCUCAUGAGGAAUCAGUUCUGCAUCGAACUCAUCAACGACUCCAAUGAGCACCUGAUCGGCAAAAUACUCGGUGUUCCCGACACACCCUUCCAGAGGGGGGUCUUCCGGAUAGACAUCACAAUACCCGACAAAUACCCGUUCGAACCGCCGGUCUGUAAAUUCCUCACAAAGAUAUGGCACCCGAACAUCUCGUCGGCUACCGGUGCCAUAUGUCUGGACAUACUGAAGGACCAGUGGGCGGCCGCUAUGACCAUCGAGUCGGUGCUCAAGUCGUUGCAGUCGUUUCUGUCGAGUCCGGAGCCGUCCGACCCGCAGGACGCGGUGGUGGCCAACCAGUACACCACCGACCGGGCCAUGUAUAACAUGACCGCCAAGUACUGGACCUAUUGCUACGCCAUGAGUGACGACAGCCGCAAGAAUUACGACACAAAUGACUUCCGGGUCUUCCAGGAGAAGAUCGAGUGCGUGAGGGGCGCCACGAAGGGUGGCUCCCAUGAACGGGCCCUCACCGCCCUGUCCUGUAAUCACUGGGACGUGGAUAAGGCGCUCAAGAGUUGGUCCAACCAUUAG